CCGCCGGCUCCCGCUCGCUCCCUGCCCACUCCCGGGGGGACGAUCCGUGCCGCGGCCGCCGCUCCUUCCACACUUUAGUUGGGAGCCGCGCGCCGCGCUCGGUGACCGGAGAGCUGGCCGCGCGCCGCCGCCUCCCGCACGCCCGCACGCGGCCCGGCUCCGGGCCCCUCGGCUCCUACUCCGAGCGGCGGGGCGGAGGGGGAGCCCCGGACGCACUGUGGGGAGCAGGAGGGAGGAAGCAAAAAGGCGAGGAGCAAAGGGGCGGGGGGCGGGAGGCUUGCCACCUUCGGCCCCCCCGCGAGCGCCCGAGGUGCACACAUCUUGACUGACUCGGCCGCAAGGUGGAUUUCCUUUGUGUUUAAAGAAACAAACAAAAAGCAUGUGCCCGUGUCUGUAGAGAUGAUUUGCAGUUCAGCCCGGCUGAAGCUGACCGAAUGAGACUAUGGGCUGUGCCUCCGCCAAGCAUGUUGCCACUGUUCAAAAUGAAGAGGAAGCCCAGAAAGGGAAGAACUACCAGAACGGAGAUGUGUUUGGCGAUGAGUAUAGGAUCAAACCAGUGGAAGAGGUCAAAUACAUGAAAAAUGGGGCAGAAGAAGAACAGAAAAUAGCAGCCAAGAACCAAGAAAACUUGGAAAAAAGUGCCAGCUCAAAUGCAAGACUUAAAACUAAUAAAGAGGUUCCGGGAUUAGUUCAUCAACCCAGAGCAAACAUGCACAUCUCUGAAAGCCAACAAGAAUUCUUCAGAAUGCUGGAUGAAAAAAUCGAAAAGGGUCGGGAUUACUGUUCGGAAGAAGAGGAUAUCACAUAGCACCGAUUCUACCACACAAACCAGGAGCUACUACUGUGUAAAUAGGUUACACCCCAGUUGAAAUCUUUGCAAAGGUCGGUUCUCUUCAACAAACAGCACAGCAAAAGAAGAUCGUUCCAUACCGUAUGCCCCAUUCAAUUACAGUGUUUCUUAAUGAACUUGCAAAGGAAUAUUGCUAAAAACAAAAAACUGUUAUCGAACUUUCUUUGUUGCUGCUAGUUAAAACUUGUCGCAACUUUUCACUUCUCUUGUGUCCAGGUAUGCAGCAAAAUUCUGCAGUCUCACCUUAAAGAUACUGUUGAUUUUACAGACGCUCUCCAACCUAUUUUCUAUAAGAUGAGGUAGUGGUGAACUCACAUAUCAAACUUCUCUUCUAGACCGGUUCUGCUUCUAAGACAAGCAUCUCCUGCCCUCUCUCCUUCCUCCCCGUCUCUCCCAAGCAGUCCAGAGACGGACUGAGCCUUGCUUCUCACUGGCAAUGUUGAGCUUUGGAGAUGGGAUGGUUGCUAUGGCAAGCCUUGUUUCUCUGCUUGGAAGAAGUAGAGAGGCUGUUAUCAAUUAAAAGCGUGUUGGGAUAUGACUCCUGGAAGUGACACAGGAGCGCAUGGCAGGUGGUUUCAUUUACUAGGUAUCUUAAUCAAGGAUUAAGCUUGCAACAUUGGCUUUGCUCAGAUGCAGAUGGAAGUGUGAUCAUAAUCAUUUUGAAUCCCUCUUCCUCACUUUUUUUUCUAAGAAAAUAAACAUUUUACUGUUUUUAUG